CCCAAGCUGUUGAAUGGACAAAUAAAGCAGAGCAACACGUCAGUACGAGGAAUUAGCAGCAUGCAAAAGAACAAAUAUCACUUUGCUAUAACUGUUGUGGGUUGUGCGUUGUACAUCGUAACACUAUUGGUGAAAAAUUUAUACUUAUCUGCGCAUCAUCGUAUUUUGACCAACGAUGGCGGUGAUCACAAUAAAAGGAAACAUUCAGUCGGAAGAUAUGCAACUACAAGUCGUGACGACGACAAUCCAAACGGACAAGGACUACAGUACGACGUAAUUCAGGGUGAAACCAAUAAGUCAAACAUUACAAUAAAUUUAGAUGGUUUAAGAGAAAGAAUACACCUGACAUCACCCGUACAAAAUACAACACGUGUGUACAAGAGAGGCAUUGGUGUCAAUGACAUGAAAUUCAAUAUGAAUGCCGACGUUGAAUCCGCGUACCCACUGUCGAAACAGAAGAAGUGUGCCGUAGUCGGAAAUAGUGGGAUUCUGUUGAAAAGUAGAUGUGGUGAAGAAAUCAAUUCCAAUGACUUCGUUAUACGUAUCAAUGGCCCGGAUAUUAGAAAGUUUGUUUCAGACGUUGGGUACAAAACCAAUUUGACAAUGAUAAACAAUGUAUUGUGGACUAGCUUGUACCAGACUGUCAAAUAUCAUAAUCCAUCGAAGGUCCAUAUGACUUCUGAGAGAGAAUUAGUCGCAAGAUUCAAGUUCUUGAAUGAUUCAACGUUAUUGUUCACGGCUCCCGUACCAGAAUCAGCCGAAAAACUUACCUCUGUCAUUGACCAUUUAAAGUCAAAACAUAACCUGCCAAUCCAAAUUGCUUACAUCCCAGAUCAUAAAUUUCAAGAUGUCGUUAAAAGGUUAUUCUUUUUGGAUGGCUUGCCAACUCAGGGGAUGAGAGCAGUGGUCAUUGCACUUGCCCUUUGUGAAGAGGUACAUAUAUACGGGUUUUAUCCUUACAAUAUCAACCCCCAAGGUACAUAUAUUCCUUUUCAUUAUUACGAGCUCUCAUAUGCUGCUCCAGCACAUGAUUGGAAUAUGGAGUUUGAGAUAUUAGAAAUCCUACACAAUAACGAUAUUCUGAGAUUGGUGACUGGGGAGUGUGAACAAGUAGAAAACAGAAGAAGAUAUUAUUAA